AUGGACCCUUCAAAUAUUAAGAUCAACAAAUCUUCAACUAUAGAGCCUAACAGCAGCGGCAGUUACACCAUGACUGAUGUUAAUGGUGAGUUUAUACAACCGCCUAAAAUAAUCGAACCAACUUCUAUGGAUUCUACUUUAGGUGAGGAUGAUGAAACUUCAUUAAAUGAUGACAUACUGAGCAUAUCAGAAAGUACAAAGAAUAAACAUCUAUCGAGAAUGAGCUUAGACUCAGCAUCAGUAAGAAAGAGUUUUGAGUCUUCAAUUGCAGGAAGAAGUAGCAGGACAUUUGGAUUUGGACACGGGAUACAUAGUGGAUCACAAGAUUUCUCUCCUCUUGGUAACAAUUCGAUUUAUGAAAUUGUGAUGAAUACCAGAAGAAAGAAUUGGUUAGGUUUCCCUACUUCAUAUGAUAUACCGCCAGUUACACUAUCAAAAAAUGAAAUUGAAAAGAAUUGGAAGGCAGACAUCAAGAAUUAUAUCGAAUCUGUAAAACAAGAAUAUUUGAUUUUUGAAAGUACUAAUAAUUUGAAGAAUAUGAAUAGAUUGGAACAAAUCAAACAGUUGGAAGACUAUAAUAAUAAUGACGAAACCCAAACAAAAGGAAAAAAUGAAUUUAACGAUACUAUCAAUGACCAACAACAGGGGAAUAUGUUUGCAAAAGAUUUAGGCCAAGUACCAGAGUUUUAUUUUGAUAAAGAUUUCCAAUUAGAUAACCCAAGAAUAUUUCACAAAGUUUUGGAUGGGUUGAGGUUUAAUUUGACAAAUGUAAAGGUAUCAGAAAACACGGAUAGAGAAGAAGAAUUUAAUCAAAUUAAUGAAAGGCUGAACGAUUACUUAGAUGCUGUUGAAGGCCUGUUGGUUACCGAAAUUUCUAAAUCAUCUCACAAGUUUUAUCAUGCAUUAAGUAAUGUUGAUCAAAUACAAGAUAAGGUGAAAAAUUCGAUACAAGGGCUUGAUAAGAUUUCUGAUGGAUUAAUUGAUAUUGAUAAAAACAAAAUUCAAAAAGAAAUAGAAAAACUACAGAAUAUGAUUAAACAAAAAAAUAUCGAAAAACUAGAACAAGGGUUAUUACAAGUGAAGGCUAUCCUUGUAGAAAGCGAUAAUUGCAAAAAACUGUUUCAAGAAGAAAAGUUCGAUGAAUGCAUGACUCUAAUUAAUACAGUUAACAAACUAGUUAAAGGUGAUAAAUCAGAUGAUCCAAUUGUUCAGAAAAUAACUAAUAACUGGCCUCAUGAUUUAGUAGACUUACGUGCAGUUCCCUCGCUAUCAGAGACUAGAGAGUAUUUGACUAACAUGAAUAUCGAGAUUGGUGGCAAGUUUUCAUUACAAUUAUGUGACAUUUUAAUGAAAGAUUUACAGAACUAUUGUAAAACUUCAGAUACGAACGAAGUCCUUGAUAGAUUACAAAAUAAGACGAGAAGCAGGAGAUACUUGGAGAUAAGUAAAGAACUUCAAGAUAGUAUCACUGUUCUAAUUGACAAACUAUUUAAAUGCGAGGAAUUAACAAGCUCAUUUAGUUUUUUCCAAGAUAAAUUGAUUACUGAGCUAAAGACUAUAAUUAAAUUAUACUUACCAAAUGAAAAAAAAGCGGUUUCAAACGAGGAAGCAGACACUUCUAUAUCUUUAGAAAAUAGUCCGAACCCCGAAUCACUACAUAACUCCAAGGGUACUCAAGAAAAUAAUGCAGUACCGCAACCCAAACAAACAUCUUCAGGCACGAAACUAUCAAAAUUAAUUAAAGAACAAACAAGUGAAGAAUUUCAGCAGACAUUGUUACAUAUAUUUACUCAUGCUAGUGAAGCACUAAGAAGGUUAUAUCGUUAUCAAAAAAUGUUACUUGAUACAUCUUUGAAUGAAAUAAUAUCUGCUAACGAUCCAAACAUUAAUGAAUAUGACAUGAUAACUCAAUUGGAUAUUAGGAAUGGUAUUAAUGAAGGUAUAAAAAUCAUUCAAUUACGUAUGGGUAAAAUUAUUAUUGUCAGGAGAGAUAUAUCAUCUCAACUAAGUUAUAGUGAAUUUCUGAAGCUAUAUGCCAUCGUUGUAUGUUUUAUUCAAGAAUGUGAAGAAGUUAGUGGAGAAUUUUUAACUAAAUAUUUAAGCGAUGUGUUAGAGUCUCAAAUCCAAGCGUACAUUAACUUCCAGAAUGUCAAAAACAGUAGAUUAUUAAGGGAAAUAACCAAAAAAGAUGCAUGGUUACCAUAUAUUGUUGAACCAACUGUCCAAAGAGAUGUCAAUGAUAUUUUAGUCUCGAUGGAUAUUGAUCCGUUAGAUUGGACAAACGAGCUACAACUGGUAAAGGCCAAAAGUUCCAACAGAAAUAAUGAAGUUGGAGAAAAGGAGCUUGAGAGUGUUAAUGGAGACAAUAACUCAGGCAAUGGAAACAAUACUGCGGAGUCCAACACUGCAUCUGUGGAAAAUAAUGAUGGAGUCAAGGUGACUAAGGCACAUUCGAAUAGUGACAAUAACGGUGUUGUUAUCCCAAAGAAACCUGUUGGUCAUAGAAAAUCAGUUGUUGUUGGUGACAAAACAUUUGUUGCUAGUGAAUCAUUAAUAACCAUAAUAGGUAAAAUCAAAGAAAUUAUGAUUCUAUCUAUCGAUCUCCCUAGCGUAUAUUUACCUAAUUUUGAAAGAAAUAUAAGUAAUCUUUUAGAAGCAUUUAAUGCUAAUAUCUUGAGAAUAUUCAGUGAAGAUAAAGCCAAUUCUAUACAAGCCCAGAAUCCGAAUCCAGAUCAACUCAAACCUAGCGUUAAUAGAAACUAUAGCAUUAUAGGUGAAUCCCUUGAUUGUUUGGUUGAAUUUAUAAAAGUCAUUCAAAAAUUUUAUAGAAGGCUAAUGAGUUCAAGCAAAGAUUUCAACAAGAAGAAGAACGCAACUGGAACAACAAACAAAAACUUUCCAAAUGCGUUCCCAUCACAGCAUAAUAAUUCAGUUGAUUAUAUUCAAUUGUUACAGUUAUAUCAAAGUACAAUUGAAAAGAUAUACCUAGCUAACGCACCACCUCCUCCUGCAUAA